CCUAAGCUCGCUGCUGCUGCUGCUCUCGUUGGUGGAUAUGGUCCUGUACCAGGCUUUGUGCACAGACUCUCGGCUCUGAUCCCGCCUGAGACGUUGUAGCGGCAGCAGAGAGAUCCCCAGCUGUGGAGCCGGCUCCUCCGACCACCCUGCGACGGAGGGGCUGCAGCGCUGGAGAGUUACUAUGCAGCUUGGACUGUUUGUGGUGGUGGUUUUUCUAAGCUCGAUGGAUCUAACAGGCAGCAACAAAGUGAUGAAGGGCAAGAGGCAACGACGAAUUAGCACCGAGCUGAGUCAGGGCUGUGCCAGGGGCUGUGACCUGUGCUCCGAGUUCAACGGGUGCCUGAGAUGUUCCCCCAAACUCUUCAUCCUUCUGGAGAGGAAUGACAUCCGGCAGAUCGGGAUCUGCCUGCCCUCCUGUCCCCUGGGCUACUUCGGCCUUCGCAACACAGACAUGAACAAGUGCAUCAAAUGCAAAAUUGAGAACUGUGAGUCCUGUUUCAGUCGAAACUUUUGCACGAAGUGUAAGGAGGGUUUGUACUUGCACAAAGGGAGAUGUUACAUCACCUGCCCCGAAGGCUACUCUGCUGCCAAUGGCACCAUGGAGUGCAGCAGUCCUGCACAAUGUGAAAUGAGUGAGUGGGGGCCCUGGGGGCCCUGCUCCAAGAAGAGGAAGCUCUGUGGCUUCAAGAAGGGCAAUGAAGACCGAACGCGGCGGAUCCUGCAGGCUCCCUCCGGAGACUUGUCCUUGUGUCCUCCCACCACCGAGGUGCGGCGCUGCACCGUGCAGAAGAACCAGUGCCCCGAAGGGAAAAGGAAGAAAAAGGAAGAGCAAGGCAAGCAAGGCAAUGUGAAUGGGAACAGAAAUCGGAAAGACACCAAAGAUGCCAAGUCUGGCACCAAGAAGAGGAAAAGCAAACAGAGAGGGGCCGUGGUCCCCGUGACAGCCGCUAGCCCUGCCCAGUAGCUGCCCCUUUACGUCACUUGAUGGCAAGACUUCAUUGCUGCUAUGUAUAUGAAAGCUUUAUUGAACCAGAGCACUGCUACACAACACGUACACACAUCCAGAAAGACAGACAUAUACUCCCAGACCGACCCACAGACCUGAGAGGAACCACACACACAGUAUUUAAGGAGGCUGCAUACACACUGCUCCUGGCAUCGCAGAUGGACACUGCCAAGGAGCGAGAGCACAGCCAGAAGGAAGCUGACCUCCCCAGGGCCCCAUGGAGGACGCUGCAGGGAGGAGAGGUGGAGUAUGAGCCAGCAUGAGACUUCAUAACCAAAGGCCUUGACUCGAGACCAGGCAUGCGGCCACAGCACAGCACAGCUGCUGCCAGGGGGUCAAGACUGGACCUCUGUGGCCGCUCUCUGUGACCUGGGACCUGGACUCACACAAAAGCAGUGGCCUCUUUCUCUUCCCUUCCCCUUUAUUUUGUGUUUUAAGCUGUAUGACUUUAUCAUUACGAGUACAUGUUAAACGUUUGUGGUAAGAGGUCAGUGGUAUCUGCCCUGAAUCUGCUUCAAAGAGUUAUUUCAAAUUAAAACAAACCCCCAAAAACACAGAAAACAAAAAUGACAACCCAGCUUCCCGAGUGUGUGGUUAAUGCCUUGGCCCCUAUGGAGGCUGGUGUCCCACAGGACAGAGACUCGCUUGUGGAAGGGAAACUCACCAAAGCUUUAAGAAAAUCCCAGGAAAAAACGUUGCCAGCUGCACUGCAGCCACAAAUGAGCUGUCCUGCGCUCACAGGACCCCAGCUGAGCUCCACGGAGCCCCUGAGGAAUUUCCCGCUGCAGGAUCCAGUUAACAUGCAGCACAUGGAGAAAAGGAGAGGUUACCAAAACCACAGGUUGCUGAAACGUUGUGGCUCUGCUCCUACAGUCACAGCUGCAGGACCCCAUCCCGGGCUAGGGCUGCGCUUGUCCCGGCUGUGUGGGCAGCACCCAGGGAGCAGCAGGAGGGCAGGCAGGUGGGGGGUGGGGGGAAGGCACAGCCCAGGCUCUGCAGAGGAGAAGCAAACUCUGAAGUUUGGUAGAAGCUGCUGGUCUGCAUGGUGCCAGCUGGAAUACCCUGGAUUCAGCACAAGUGCUCCUGCUUUAGCAGAGCUGACAUCUGGGCAGAGAAACUGGGACCAGGACUGUGCAGGACAGAGACCUCAUGAGACCUGUGUGGGGCACAGGUGGAUGCUGCCUUCUCUGUGCAGGAGCUUUACCCUCCACAGCUACCACUCCCUUUCCCUGGUAUUUUAGAAUGUGCUUCCUUGAUACAAACAUGUGCAGACAUUUAAUUCCUCCAGAGUUCAGCAAAAGCUCUCAGGUCCUAAGGGACAGAGCCAGAGGAGGUGCCCUGGAUCCAGAGAUGUGCCCAGGGUGGCUCAG